AAACCUUCCUUAAGGCUCAAACCUCCCAUCAACCCUAACCAAUGUGGCCGAUGGUCAGCGAUGGUAAUCUAGACCUGCAUCAUCUGGAGGGCAACAUGUUGGCCAUCACUGCUACAGCCUUGCGGUGGUUUGUCAGUCAUCUAAAUCAGGCAUGUAAUUGGUCCUCUGCAGAUGUUGCCGAGAGACUCCCUCUCUGGCAACCUGGAGAUUUGCUGCCAGCCAAGCGUCAACAGCACUGAGCUAGAUAGACCCAGUGGCCCGACUCAGGAUAAGACAGCUACUUCUUACGUUCCUCUUUAAAUCAGCCCUUUCUUCAGAACCAUGAGGACUAGAAUCUUACUUUAUUUUGGGGGGUGGGAGGAACAAAAAAUCCUCUGAAAGAUCCCCUUAGAGGCCCAGUCCUAUCUCUAGGAAGGGCUGUGAAAGGCUCCUGUCUGAAGCCCUGAACCUACAGGGUUCCACUGAGAUUUAGCUUGCCCCAGUUUUUCGGUUUAUUUUUUUUUACUCCCUACGGAGCUGAACAAAGGUAACCAGAUCUUGGUUUUGCUGAAAGUGAUGACGUAUGGCGCUGUUUAGUGUAUUAAUGGGAACCAGCUGUGGCGCUGCACGUGACUCUUUUAUCUUCCUAGUCCUUUCAAAGGACGGGUUUUGGGGAGAGAGAGGGGGGAAGGGGCUGUAGAAGACAGAAAAAUAACUUGUUUUCAGCAGAAGUGCCGUCCAGGAUGUUGUGGACCACCUUCAUACUAGCUGCCCUGUUGCCAAUAGCCAAGGCUACUGAUGGCUCUCCUGACGGAAUGCUGGACUCUCAGUGGGAACUCUGGAAGAAAACCCACAGGAAGGAAUAUAAUGGCAAGAUGGAUGAGGUCUCCCGGAGGCUUGUAUGGGAGAAGAACCUUAAAUACAUCAACACCCAUAACUUGGAAUUUUCUCUGGGAAGGCACACUUUUGAAUUGGCUAUGAACCACCUGGGAGAUAUGACCAGUGAAGAAGUUGUUCAGAAGAUGACGGGGCUCAAAGUCCCUCCCUCACGCAAACAAACCAACGACACCCUCUACAUCCCAGACUGGGAAAAGAGGGUUCCUGACGAAAUGGACUACAGAAAGAAAGGCUAUGUUACUCCUGUCAAGAAUCAGGGCCAGUGUGGGUCCUGCUGGGCUUUCAGCUCCGUGGGGGCCUUGGAGGGGCAGCUCAAGAGGAAGACUGGCAAGCUGCUUAACCUCAGCCCACAGAACCUGGUGGACUGCGUGACCGACAAUGACGGCUGCGGGGGCGGCUACAUGACCCAUGCUUUUGAAUACGUGAAGGAGAACCGAGGCAUUGAUUCGGACGAUUCCUACCCAUAUAUCGGCCAGGAUGAAAACUGUAUGUAUAACCCAACUGGUAAAGCUGCCAAGUGCCGUGGUUACAGGGAGAUCCCCGAGGGGAACGAGAAGGCCCUGAAAAGAGCUGUUGCCCGGAUAGGCCCCAUCGCUGUGGGCAUCGAUGCCAGCCUGGCCUCCUUCCAGUUCUACAGCCGAGGUGUGUAUUACGACGAGCAAUGCGAUGCCGGCAACAUCAACCAUGCUGUCCUGGCCGUGGGCUAUGGGACUCAGAAAGGCACCAAGCACUGGAUUGUUAAAAACAGCUGGGGGGAAGAUUGGGGCAACAAGGGCUACAUCCUGAUGGCCCGGAAUAUGGACAACGCCUGCGGGAUUGCCAACCUGGCCAGCUUCCCAAAGAUGUGACCAGUCCAUGCAUGCACUGCCACACCAGAAGUGGCCCUCGUGUCAGCAAAUGGCUGGCUUCCUGAGCUGACAUUAAGGAGCACUAACAAGGGACUUCCGUGAAAGCUGUUUUGCUGCAAUGAUAUAGGCAGUUGUCUGUGACAGCAUAUUAAAAAGCUUUCUUUCAUUUUCAUUUUUUUUAAACACAAAA